AUGAAGUUGUGGACGAUAAUUCCUACAACAUUGCUUCUUUGCACACAAGUUGUCAAGUGUUAUGAUUACAGCCACUACGAUUAUAUCUUGGAUGAAAUAAGUGCCUUGGAUUUCGAAGAUAGUCUAGAUUACGACGAUGGAUUCGAUUUCGGAAAACGAGCCGAUUCAAACUCCUCCUCCUCCUCCACGACUAAUAGCGCAGCCGUUGACCAAUACGUAUCACUUUUCAAGACUAUUGGCGCCUCGGGCUUGAUUCCACAGUUACUUUCUGAAAUUGCAAAUAGCUCAGAGCAAGUUCAAAACUUGGCAAAUCAAGUGCAAUUUUUUGCUGCAGGAGGUAGUAAUAUUUCGUUUGAUGGGUUGAAUGUUGAGCUCAAUUUCACCGAGAUUUUGAAUGCUGUGUUGGACUCUGGUAUCAUUCAGUCUACAGCCAAUGGUCUUUUGGUUAAUGAUACAAAUAAUCAGUUUUUAGCACAAUUUCUCGGCGGCGUCCUUUCCUCGCCAAAUAAUGUAUGGAUAGGAUGGUUACUCAUGGGUUUGGGCAACGGGCAUGACUUGACAGUGCCUUGGCUCGCCGAUUUGAUUGUGAAUUCUACUUCAAAGGCAAACACCAAUUCCACAAACCAAUCAGAAAUCAAUGUGCAACAACAAUUACCAGUUGCACAACAAGCACAAAACUAUGACGUUGUAAUUGAUUUCAGCGACAAUUGGGAAUCCAACUUUAUCAAGAGAGCAGAUGACGACACUAAUCAAUACUCUGGGUCUCUCAACCAAUUUAUUAAUAAUGCUGCUAAUACGAUAUUGAACUCGCAAUUAGUGUCGUCAAAUGCCAACGAUAUCCUUGUUGCAUUGAACCAAUCAGGAAUAGUUGUCCCCUUGGUCAUUGAGGUUUUAAAAACACCCAACUUGAAUAAUUUGGUUAGUCCAAUAGUUGCCACCUUGUAUAACAAUGGUGUGUUUGAUGGAUUGGACUUGGAGUCGUAUUACGAAUAUGCAAAGGAAAAGAAUUAUCUUAGUGACGCAUUACAGUACCUCUUGACCGACGAGCAUUGGUCACCUCCAUUAGCCCAGUUAUUUAGGAGAAUGGAGGACACAGGGUCGUUCCAAUACUUGCAAGACAAUAUGUAUGGUCCCCACAAGAGGAAACAAAUGAAUCAAAAUACCGGGUCAUAA